CAUGGUCCAGUAAUUUCGUCUGUCAGCACCCCUUUCACUCGUGCCACAUGGCGAGGCCAUGUUUGCCACGGCUUCGAGCAUUCCUUCUUCGUGUCAUCUUGCUCAUGCUGAUGCUGUUCCUGCUCCUGCUGCUCCUCAUCAUGUUCCAUGUCUUUCCGGAUUUCCUCAUGUCCAGGAAGCGCGACCAAAUGUGUUCGUGCGGGCCAGGAGAUGUCUUGGUUCAAGUGUUCCUGGCGCAGACCGUGCCGUCUGCAGGCAUAGGCCCUUGCGUCGCCAUCUGACGCUCACGGUUGGAGACCUUCGCGAUUGCUAGUCCUUUCUUCCCCCAUUCCUUUUGGUCCCCCCGCCCUCUUCUCGCCCCCUUUGGGCAUCCAGAAGUUGCAAGGGACACAUACGUCCCUCCGUCCAAACACUUGGAUCCUCCCCUUGGCUCCCUUCCCUCCUCCCUCGCCCCCGACGAGAGAAGAGGGAUGACAGGGAGGAUUCGACUGGUGGUCGUAAUCAACGAGCGUCUUACGAAGUCCUGCAGUCGCUGUCUGCCGCAUAUGGCGAUGAAGGACGAGUAUGGCGUGAUGAACAGCGAUGGAAACACUGCGGUCGUUCACGACUUCAAGAUGGAUUGCGGACGGACUCUCUCGAAGGCAGAGUUGCUCUACCGGACUUGGGGCUCUCUGAACGAGAGCCGCGACAACGUUAUCGUGGUCUGCCAUGCCUUGACUGGCAACGCCAACGUGGAGUCUUGGUGGAGCAAGUUGCUCGGACCGUGCAAGGUCCAGAUGGUUAUCCUCGACCCUCGCUCGAUCUCGCCAAGCCAUACCGAGCCAUACCUACCAAGCGUUUACUUUCCUCGAUAGUCCCCAUCUGGUGGACUGUUUGGCACGAGUGCCCCCGAAAGCCGAGAUCGUUUGUGUCGCUUCUUCAGGCGAUAGACACAAGCAAGUACUUCGUCUUCUGCGCCAACGUGCUGGGGAGCUGCUACGGCAGCUCUGGCCCCGCGUCGACGAACCCGGAGACGGGCCGCAGGUAUGGCAUGAGCUUCCCUCCCGUGACGAUCAGGGACAUGGUGCGCCUGAUGGAGGAGGUCCUGCUGCAGCUCGACGUACGCGGCGUGGCGGUGGCCAUCGGCGGCAGCAUGGGCGGGAUGCAGGCCCUGGAGUUCGCGCUGGAGCCGAGGCACCUCCGCGCCCGGGCCGUGGUCUCCCUCUCCUCCUCGGGCCGCCACCAGCCCUGGCAGAUCGGCAUCAGCGAGUGCCAGCGGCAGGCGAUCUUCGCAGACCCGCUGUGGCAGGACGGGGCGUACGACCCGGAGCACCCGCCCCGGCGGGGGCUGGAGGUGGCCAGGAUGAUGGCGAUGGUGACGUACCGGACGCACCCUGGCUAUUGGACGAAGUUUGGACGCGGACGUGCCAGGAAAGGGAGCGGCCCCGAAGCCCCGGACGUGUAUGACGUGGAGGGUUAUCUGAUCCACCAGGGCCAGUCGUUCCACAAGCGGGGCUUCGAUGCGGCCUCGUACGUGACGCUGACCAGGGCGAUGGAUUCGCACGACGUUGCCCGAGGGAGGGGAGAUUACACCGAGGUCCUGGGGGGGAUAACGGUGCCCGUACUCGUUGUGUCCAUCUCGAGCGACGUGUUGUAUCCAGUUAGCGAGCAGCUGGAGCUGGCUCAGCUCAUCCCUGGGGGGCAGCACCACCUCAUACAGUCCGAUGAGGGUCACGACGGGUUCCUCUUGGAGCACGUUCAGGUGGGGACGCUUGUCAGGGGCUUCCUGGGAACGCUGGAGUGCGAGGGAGUGGUCACGACGCUAGUGCAGCAAUCGAAGCUGUAACUAUUGCAGAGUGGUAUAUCUACCGAGAGCCCAGCUUGAGAAUUUCUAGUAUGAUCUGACCAGCACUGGACUUUCGGCCAAAAUGAUCCGAUCAGC